AAAAAACAUUGUGAACAUUGCAGAAAGGUAUUGCUGCAUGGAGACAGAAGCUGCAGCCCAAGAGUUUCUUGGAUCGGGACAGUGACUGCAGUAGCGACAAUUAUUAUUGUGAAAACACAUCACUGAGGAGAAAUGGAGAUGGCUGUAGAAAUGAAGCCCAAGAAGAGUGUUGCCGAGGAAAUGGCAGAUUUAUUCCAUCACUUUUCAGAUCCAAAGGACUCAGGAAGUAAAGAAAAACUGAUAGCACCCUCUCGUUUCCGAAUUUGGGAUCUUAGCCAGAAAUACUUCUUCCUGGAGAACAAGACAUUGGUGGCAGUUCCCAAAGGUUCCAACUCACCAGAGGAAUUGCUGGGUGUGGUCCCCAACAGAGGUAUUAAAGACACAAAUGCAAAUAUAUUCCCCAUUAUUAUGGGUCCCCAAGAUGGGAAGCGUGUCUUGUCCUGUGCUGGAUCCGGUGGUCAGCCUCAGAUAAAGAUAGAGGAGGAAGACAUCAUGAAUCUGUAUGGAAAAAACGAGCCACUCAAGAAUUUCACCUUCUUGAAUCACACCGGAGAUGGGCAACAGACCUGUUCGUUUGAAUCUGCAGCUUUUCCAGGAUGGUUCCUAAGUACGUCCACUGAGCCAAACAAGCCAAUCAGUUUGAGUCAGAAAGGAGGUGCUGAGAUCACCACGUUUUACUUUGAAAAAUCAAAAUGAACACAGAGAACUAAAAAUAAAUCUGGCAGUAAGGUAUUCACUUUUUCAUAGCAAUGUUGUAUUUGCUUUUUUAAAACAUUAAAUGCAAUAUAUAUAUAUAUAUAUA